AUGUCAGAAAGAAACUUAGUUGAAACGAUAGAAGAUAAAGAAAUAAUUAUUGAACAAUCGAUAAAUAAUAUUUGGAAAGCGACCAAGGGAAUGAUCUUAUCAAUUGCUUUUGACAAUUUAAAACGACAGGCUAUCACCACUUUAAAUAAUUAUGAUAUCGCUACCACAAAUCUUGAUGCACCGUCCGCAGUGCUUAUAAAUACUGCAGAUUUUAAUGAAAUUAGAAAGAUACUUCUUGGAUCAAAUGAAAAUGAGCCUAUUUUUAUCAGAGAUGCUUCGGAGGACGAAAGUGCUCAAGAAGAAACCACAAAACUAAUCAAACCAUUAAAUGGGAUACAAAUUUCGGAACUUGGUACUGCAGAAAUAACUAUCUCGCCACAUGCUAAAGAAAAAAUUCCAGAACCUAUUUCACAAUCCAUACUGCCGACUCAAAUUUUAGAACCUGAUGGUUCGCCCACACUGCCAACUCAUGCACUGACAUCAGAAUCUGUUGUAGAAAAAUUAGUCACGCCAUCAACACCGCCAAAUCAAAUAUGGACAUUAACAUCUAGCAUUACAUUAUUACCCACUCCGCAGUCCUAA